AUGGGUCGAAUUCCUUCUCAUUUCCUCGGCAAUCCCAACUUCACCGAAACCUACCGCUACUUCCUCGACUCGCUCGACCAGAGCGACUACGCCGCCUACAAUGACCAAGUGUUCUACAUAAUCCCUAAAAUCGUCAGCCUCGAGUCACGCAAGCGCCGCGGCCUAGUGGAUCCCGUUAGACUAUCUAGCAGCGCGUAUAUGCUCAAUGAGCUAGUCCAGCUAGGCGUCACCGACGCCAACCCCGCCGUCUCAAGGUAUGCCCGCCCGACAACCAGCUCCGCGUUGUCGGCGCCGACGCCGACGCUAUAG